UGUUUGUCAGCAUGUUGUUUGCUAUGUAAAUUUUGAUUAGAAUUUGGAAUGUAAACUAGAAUAACUACUUUUAAAUUAGGUUUUACAUUUAAUAGUUACAUAUUUAAUAGUUGCAACAUUAUGGUUACGGUCGUUUUUAUUCUGUCUAUGGUCUAUUUAGCUGGCGCGGGUUGAAUAUCGUGUAUCAAAUUUCUGUCAGCUCUUCAUUUCAAAGGUUAAUCCAGACGAUCAGGAAAGAUCAGCAGGGCCAACAUGACAACAUACACUGACAAAGGCGAGAAGCACGAGCAAGGACAGUUCCUCUGCUUUGAUCACUUGACUUUCUGGGUUGGAAAUGCAAAACAGGCAGCCUCAUUUUACUGCACCAAACUGGGAUUUGAACCAUUUGCUUACCAAGGCUUGGAAACAGGCAGUCGAGAUGCAGUGUCCCAUGCAGUCAAACAAGGAAAGAUCAUAUAUGUGUUCUCAUCUGCUCUCAAUCCCGGAAACGAAGAAAUGGGAGCUCAUUUAGUGAAGCAUGGGGAUGGCGUGAAAGAUGUUGCAUUUACGGUGGAGAACUGUGACUCCUUGGUGCAGAAAGCCAAGGAGCGAGGUGCUAUGGUUGUAAAGGAGCCCUACACUCUGGAGGACAAGCAUGGCAAAGUCAGACUUGCUGUGCUGCAAACAUAUGGUGACACAACACACACAUUUGUGGAGAGGGCAGAAUAUAGUGGGCUGUUUUUGCCAGGCUUCCACCCGCCUCUAUUUAAGGACUCAUUGUUGGCCACCUUACCAGAUGGAAAAUUGAACUUCAUUGAUCACAUUGUGGGAAACCAACCCGAAGAGGAGAUGGUUCCAGUGGUGGAAUGGUACCGGAAGAACCUUCUUUUUCACCGCUUUUGGUCAGUGGAUGACAAGCAGCUACAGACUGAGUUCAGUGCCCUGCGCUCCAUUGUGGUAGCCAACUAUGAAGAGACAGUAAAGAUGCCCAUCAAUGAACCUGCCAUGGGCAAGAGGAAGUCUCAAAUCCAGGAGUAUGUGGAGUACUAUGGAGGUGCAGGAGUGCAGCACAUUGCCAUGAACACUUCAAAUAUUAUAACAGCAAUCCGCAACCUAAAACAGCGUGGGACAGAUUUUAUGUCAGUGCCCGACACAUAUUAUGACCAACUGAGGGAGAAGUUAAAACACUCAAAGGUGAAAAUUGCAGAAGACCUAGAUGUCCUGCAGGAACUAAAGAUCCUGGUGGACUAUGAUGACAAUGGCUACUUACUUCAGAUCUUUACCAAGCCAGUUCAGGACCGCCCCACUGUCUUCUUGGAAGUCAUUCAGAGACAUAAUCACCAGGGCUUUGGUGCAGGAAACUUCAAAUCUCUUUUUGAAGCCAUUGAAGCGGACCAACAUGCCAGAGGAAAUCUGACCAUCCUCACACCCAAUGGUGUGUCCAAGUGUAUGUGAGCCCAGAUUUGCAUGUGCGGGCAAUAUUAAAGGUUAUUAAACAAUGUCAAGUGUACUACCAGCUCAGGCUGUUUCAUGGAUUGUACAAGUAUGGUAAAGAAGCUCAGUAUAAACACAGAUGCUUACUUGUACCUGACUCUUUCAAGGCUUUUGUUUCAUUACAAUUCAGUGUUUACUCAUUG